GCUGCCAGUCCUACAUUUUCUAGGGCGUGUGUACUUUUUCAUGGAUUUUAGCAAAUAGGAGUGGCAUAAUCUAAAUGAUCAAUCUGCCUUAUCAUAACAAGGCUUUACAUUAUCCAAAGUUAAUAACAUAACCCAUGCUUCUAUUCAAUCAACUGUGAUAAAUGAUGCAACCCUUAUUUAUAUCAAAUACAGUAACAACACGGAUGUAUUUAUUGUCAGCAUUGUUACUAAAUAUUUGAAUGGGUUUUUAGGAGCCACGUGGGUGUGUAACCCCUGAAAGAUGCGGGGUAAUUAGAGACACAAGCUUACUUAACCUUCCUUUUGCUUCGCCUUAUAAUUAGUGGCCCGGAGCAAUACUGUUACUCCAUCCUUACAAAAACAAUGUUUAUUAAGAACAGUCCGAGGAUAUACAUAUUAUGAAUAAUUCCUUUCAUUAAUUUGCCGACAUCUCCGUUUGGAGCCCUGAAAAUCAGAGUGAUUAAUUUAUGAGUCUCACAAGAAUUUCCUCAAUGCCUGCCUGUUGAUUGCAGUGCUGGACUUUAUUUAUUAGCUGUUCCAAUGAGCUUGCAAUUCAAGACACACUGGCAAUUAGUCAAAUGUUUUGCAUAUCACCUUACACUUGUCAGUUUCUCUUCAUGGUCAACUGCAAAUAACGUUUUGAUAGACUAGUCUUUAUUUCUAACCAUGGAAAGCAUAUUUUGGAGGUAAUUUUGACUACAUUUCUUUCCUUUUUGCCACUUUUUGAUAGGCUUAUAAAGAAAAUACAGUGUCGGAUUCGCAGCCAAUUAGAAUGGGAUAUGGCCCACCACAUAUCAGAGUUGAAGGAAAAGAGAGUCCAGCCUCUGGCGUUGAAAACGAGCCUCUACUGCCCUCAGACAGAAACAAGUUAGAGAGGGGAAAGAGCAGUCUUCUCCACUGCGAGGGAGUGUUAUGGGGCGAGUGAUUAAUUACGUUGGAGUGAAAUACUUGUCUACCGCUUUGUGUAUCCAAUAAAUUAAGGGCUCCUGAGACUUUUACGCACACAGGUGAAGUGUUGGAUGCGCGUACAGGAACCGCUGCGCACCCUUUCUGCAGACGCGCCACUUUAUAAGGAUAAGCUGGACGUGGAGUGGGACAAUUCUACAUUGAGGAGCAAAUUCUGUAUCCUAUAGAAGCCGUCUUUGGAUUGCGUUCAUGUCGUUUUUCAAGACAGCGCCUUGGAGAAAUACCAGAGGUAAAUUCCAUAUCAGACCACCAACCAGAAACUGCUCUCAUGAGUUUGUACACUGGCAAUAUGCCUGGUAGGGGCUUCACUUGCAUGUCUUUCACAUGUCACCGUGUAAUCAGAACUAAUUCAUGUGUCUUUAGAGCAACAUUGGACAGUUGUGUAUAAUUUGGCUUUUUAAAGUUUUGUUUAUUACUGGGUGUGUUGUCUGUCUAAUGUGCAAUUUGUCAACAGACAUUUUCAAUAAGUGACUGCAGACCAGAGAACAUAAGUUAUGGUUUAAUUAAUAAAAAAACAAUGACAAUAUCUUAAAUAUUUAUGAAUUAUAAUAUAAGUUAAAAGUUAAGUUAAACAGAGAACACAGGGCUACUAGACUACAAUAAAUAAUUAAUAAGUUAUGUCUAAAAUAAGUUAGUCAAAUGUAACUUGAGUUCAAAUCAAAUGUGCAAUAUAACGGGCCGGAUAAACCACUAAAAGUGACAUGGUGUUUUGAUAAUUCAUCUGUAAUUCUUCAGGUUUGUAAGUGCACCCCGAUGGUUGGAAGACAGACUCUCGGAAUGCACAGCGGUCAGUGCUCCGGGACUGUGGUGGAUGACAGUCCUCCAUCCAGUCCAAGUUCCAGUCCCAGUCCAGACGGUCGUCGUCGGGAGCUCCAGCGGGCCAGGGUGCUUCAGGCCGGCGGGCUCGGCGGCAGAGGACGCCCGGCGGCAGCUAACGCAGCGCGGGAGAGGAGUCGAGUGCAAACUCUGAGAACCGCGUUCCUGGAGCUACAAAGGACUUUGCCGUCCGUUCCGCCGGACACCAAGCUGUCCAAACUCGACGUGUUGAUACUGGCCACCACCUACAUUGCCCAUUUGACUCGAACACUACAAGAGGAAGGCACGGAGGAGGGAGAGAGCACAAAACAAACAGAUGCGUUACACUCAUUAAAAGGUGAUGGCUACCUGCACCCAGUUAAGAAAUGGCCGAUGCGAUCCAGACUGUACGUCGGAGCUACGGGACAGUUCCUGAACACCACACAUCCUUCAGAUUCAGAGAAUCAAGGCCCAUCAUCGUCCAAAUCCAAGGAACAGGCUUAAAUCAUCUGUAUGAAACUGUUUCAUAUUUGCAUGAGUGUUGCUGUUUAUUCUGGCAGCAGCAGCAUGAGUGUAGAACAAAUUAAACUGAUUUUACUUCCACUGAGCCCGCUCCAUGUGGACAUUGUAAAUUAAUAUAUUACGUGAAUUUUAAUGUAUGAGAAAGCAUACAUUAUGUUUCUCUGUUGUUGUUAUUUUGGCUUAUCCUGCGUUGUGCAGUUCCAUACAUGUCCCAGGUAUGAUAUUUGUAGAAAUUCCGUGGGGUAAUGAGUCCGUCAUGCUUGAAGUGUGCACUUUCAGUUGAAACAUUUGCACUAAAUGCAUGUGUGAAUAACUUAACAUCUGUCAUGUGAAGUGGUCUGUCAGAGAGUCAACAAUGGUGGCUCCUCAUCUCAUGUUCCUUCUUAUUUUUACAUGCAUGGUUGUAAAUGUGUUUGUGAAUAAAUGACUUCAGUGAAAGAAGACAUGUCUCAUAAAGUUUUAAAAAAUAAUCGAGAAUCGGUUUAAGAAAAGUGAAAACGAAAAAUAAUUGAACGUAGAGAUUAUGACAUAAUUAAAUGUAAUAUAAUAAAUAAACUGAGUUACUGUUACUUUA